GAGGCCCCCGCCGCUUGACUGACAGCGGCUUGUUUUGUAACCUCACUUCCAGCCUUAGAAGCCAAAUGUUACCCAACCAGGCUGGGGGUUCCCAGGCUAGAACGCGCGGUAGCCGGCUCCUGGCGAGCUCUGCAGGGAAAGGGGCCGCCUGGUGUAGCUGGAGGGGUCCCUGCUGAGCGGGGAACAGAGCUGGGGCCCCAAGGAGGAGCACCCAGAGACCCGACACUGAGACAAAGGAGAAGGAAGGCACAGACCAGGGAGCCGAAUCCUCAGGAUGAAGCACGUAUCGAUCCACUGGUUCCGUAAGGGUCUUCGCCUUCACGAUAACCCUGCCCUGCUGGCAGCGACGACAGACUGCCGCAAGCUCUAUCCCAUCUUCGUCCUCGACCCCUGGUUCCCAAAGAACAUGCGGGUCAGCGUCAACCGCUGGAGGUUUCUGGUCGAGUCGUUGAGAGAUCUGGACGAGAGCCUUCAGAAACUGAACUCAAGGCUGUUUGUGGUGCGUGGCCGCCCCACGGAGAUAUUCCCGGUUCUCUUUAAAGAGUGGAAGGUGACGCGGCUGACGUUCGAGAUAGACACGGAGCCCUACUCCAGGCAGCGCGAUAGCGAGGUGGCGAGCCUGGCGGCUGAACAUGGCGUUCAGGUUAUUCAGAAAGUGUCCAACACCUUGUAUGACACUGACAGAGUAAUUGCUGAGAACAAUGGCAAGGUGCCUCUGACCUAUGUGCGCCUGCAGACGCUCCUGGCGGCGCUGGGACCACCGAAGCGGCCCGUGCCAGCUCCCACUCUGGAAAACCUGAAGGAUUGCUGUACCCCCUGCAAAGACAACCACGGUGCAGAGUAUGGGAUCCCUACGCUGGAGGAGCUGGGUCAGGACCCGGAGCAAGCAGGUCUUCGCCUCUACCCGGGAGGAGAGUCUGAGGCGCUUUGCAGGCUUGACUUGCAUAUGAACAGAACGGCCUGGGUGUGUAAUUUCCAGAAGCCCCAGACUGAGCCCAACUCUCUGAACCCUAGCACCACCGUGCUGAGCCCUUACAUCAAGUUUGGAUGCUUGUCCGUGCGAACCUUCUGGUGGAGGUUGGCUGAAGUCUACCAGGGGAGGAAACACUCCAACCCGCCCGUGUCUUUGCACGGGCAGCUCCUGUGGAGGGAGUUCUUCUACACGGCAGGAGCUGGGAUCCCCAACUUCAACAAGAUGGAGGGCAACCCCGUCUGUGUGCAGGUGGAUUGGGAUAACAAUCCAGAGCACCUCAGAGCCUGGAGCGAGGGCCGGACGGGCUACCCCUUCAUAGACGCCAUCAUGGCCCAGCUGCGCACUGAAGGCUGGAUCCAUCACCUGGCCCGGCAUGCUGUGGCCUGCUUCCUGACUCGAGGAGACCUGUGGAUAUCCUGGGAGCAAGGGCAAAAGGUCUUUGAGGAGUUGCUGCUGGAUGCUGACUGGUCCCUGAACGCUGGCAACUGGCAGUGGCUGUCGGCGAGUGCCUUCUUCCACCAGUUCUUCCGCGUCUAUUCGCCCAUCGCCUUCGGCAAGAAGACGGACAAGGGCGGAGAGUAUAUCAAGAAGUACCUCCCUUUCCUCCGGAAGUUCCCCGCUGAGUACAUCUAUGAGCCCUGGAAGGCACCGCGAAGCAUGCAGGAGCAGGCAGGCUGCGUGAUUGGCCGAGAUUACCCCAAGCCCAUCGUGGUGCACGAGGUGGUGAGCAAGAGGAACUUGGAGCGGAUGAAGGCAGCCUACGCCCGGCGAUCGUCCAGCACCACUGCCCAGUUGGAGGGAGGGGGUGGCAAGAAAGGUGCCAAAAGGAGGACACCGACUGGUCCCUCUGUGGCCGAACUGCUGACAAAGAAACCAAAGACUAAGAGCAGCUGAAUCCCUCAAGCACUGCCAGUGGAUCUUGCCAACGGGCCAGUCUCUUCUGUGGCACAGGGGGAGAACCCCAGGCAGCACAAGAGCCCAUUGACUGACCGCUAGGAGCCCUGGCCGCCUGAGUCCAGGGAAAGCCAUGGUGGGGUUUUGGCACUGCCUCUCUUAUUGACUCAGGAAACUUUUGCAUGCUGCAUCCUUUCAUUCAGCCUGUUCAGCGAACUGUCCUUUGGUGCUGGUGCUUUCUAUGCUGCUCCCAGGCCAGAAGCUGAGUUUCUCUUUUGGAAAGGCCACGGAGUGGAUCAGUUUGUCUGAGUGCCUUAGGGUGAAUUCACCCUACAGCACUUGGGGAGGUAGAUGUUUCACCACCCCUGUUUUACACACAAGUGAACUGAGAAACCGAGCUUACUAGGCAGAUUUCCAAUGGGAGCUGCUGGAUCCCUUCAAAAUCUGGCCGUAAUUGACUCGCUCAGAUCACUGAAAGAGGCAGAGCUGGGAACUGAACCCACAUCUUGCACUACAUUCCAGUGCCUUCCACACAAGGUCCCCUUCCCUGGUUACUGCCCAGCGCUUUCUUUAUGCGGGUUGUUGCAGACAGUUAGCCACAGGGUACAUUUUAAACUUGCCUCUCAGCAAAACAAUUCGUGCAGCCACCGACUCCUCUGGGCUGGGAAGUGCCCCAGACUGCUGCAUUGUGGGCUGGCUCCACAGAAGCCAAAAGCACACCAGGCUUUCAGGGAGUGGAAGAAUUUUUUUUUUUUUAAUUUAAAGGGCACGUUAAUAACGUGCUGGUGUGCCGAAUGCCCCAGCCAGCCUGGCUGGGAGUUGGUAUUGAACUCCCUGUUUAAGCUUUGCUGCCCCCUUUGGCAGACAGCAGCUUGGGAGGCUAAAGUGAGGGAUGCUGGAUAGGGACGUUGCCUUUUGCCCAUCUUUGUGCUGAGCAUGAAAUGCUGGAUACUCAUUGCCACCGUCCUUGGGACCUGUAUGCCCUGUUUUGUGGCGUGUCCAACCCAGGCAUAAUUUCACUAUCCCUUGGCUAUGGUCUCCUGGGGUAUUAGAGAUAUCCCUAGAAGCACUAUGUGGUAAAGCAUGGGGCAAAGCUCAUCUUGAUGUGCUAAGCCCAGCGUGGUGCACAAGGUGCUGAGCAAGAGGAACGUGGAACCAGAUGCUGGUGGUGAGACUAUUAAACCAGAGAGACACUCUGACUGAGCCCCAAGAGGAAGUGGAUAGACCAGCCGAUAUCGGAGAAAGUGGGCUAGGGAGAGAUGUUACUGAGGGGCAACCCAUCCUAAAUUCUCAGUUACUGAGGGACACGCUACACUCAUCGCUAUAUUUGCUUUCCACAAGCUGCUCUUAGUAUAACCUUUUAGGAGUGAGGUAGCAUCCAAUAUUUGGGUAAUAUCUAAACUGUACUGUUAAAUUUAUUUACCUAAAUUUGGGAUAUUACACAUUAUGUACUAGAUGUAUUUUAUGACUUUUAAACCAAACUUUGUCCUUGGGGCUAAUUUAAGCAUUACAGCCAGCCGUAUAGACACUCUUUCCUUAACCUGUGUAUUCGAUAACUAGCAUUAGCUUUAAUCACAUUUUACAUUUUCUCUUUCAA